UAGUUUGUAUCUCAACGUCCACUAGGUCGGAUUACUUAGAUUUGAGUUUGUGUGUCGAGUAAAUAAGUGAGUGAUCGUGUAAAAAAGUUGACCGAGUAACCAAACACUUUUGGAUAACAAUAAUCGGGAUUUUACUCAAGAAUGGAAUAAGACCAGUUAAUAAAUCGCUUCUCCACGUGUCGUGCAUUUUUCUGAGAGAAAGUUCACACACACACACACACACACACACGAGAAUUAUUCAUUUCAAGGUAAACAUGUUAUUCGGUCGGGUACACGUUUCCCCGGUCUUUAACUAAAAGGAGGAGGAGGAGUAGGAGAAAGCAGCCCAGCAAAUACGGAAACUCAUCAGACUUACACUGCACUCACUCAGAAUUUGAUAACACGUUUGCUUAGUUAGUUAAGAAGUCAAAAUUUCCAUCAGAAUUUUGACCGAUGGUGUUGACGUUAUCUUUAUUUGGAGAAAGCAGUUGCAUAACUUUCACUCAUUAUUGUUAUACUUAUAUAAGCAAUAUGUAUGUUACAUAAGGUGGAGGGAAAGACCACAAGACCACGAACGAGUGUCGAUCCAUCAUUAAUACAUGAAUAUAUACAUUUUUUCCUUCAUUUUUCCCCUUAUUUCGCGAAGGUGUUGAUUUACCUCAAGAGCUGUCUGUGCCUAAGCAGAAAGAAAUGAGUAUUAAUAGUAGCCGUGCUACAAUGCGGCAUUGUUCGCAUUAAUAUUCAUUCACGAGUUGGUUGGUUGGUUGGCGAAGCACAUAAAUUAAGUAAUGAGUUGAGAGGAAACUCCUUUCUCUGGAUUUCCAUUCCUUCCAGAUUUUAAGAUUAAUGUGGGCGAUGGUAAUCACCUAGAAUUAUGGUGGGCCCUAUAUACCCAUAGCUUCCCCGUGUAGGCACUGCUUCUUUGUUUCGUUAAGCGUAUACUCGCCGCCGGCUUUCUUCUCCUCACCUGCCCACUGACAAUUAAGGAAAUCACAGCAGCAGUCAGCUAAAGGCGAAGGUCAACCGACAUUCGGUUCAGAAUCGGACGAGUCAUUUUCAUGUGUUGCCUGACUCUUCUUGUCGUCAUGAUUUCGAACUUUGUAGGUAUGACGGAAUCGUAUCGUGGAAAUCAUGUCGCGACAUAAUCGUCACUUUUUUGGUGAUGACGAAGAACAAAAUUAAGGAACGAUUACCAGUCCCGUAACCGUUUUUCGACUGAUUUUUACCCCCACCACGAGGGUAAACAUUUCCUAGAAUCACGUCCUCCAUGUAGGCAUGGUUCGAUACUAGCUCCGAUACUUUGCUAAUUGACUUGACCCACAACCUUUUAUUAUUGCGAUAACUCAUAUGUAUACCUUUGAUUUUGACACAGUUUUCGUCUAGGCAUAUCAACGUAUUGGUGAGUACUGACUGGGUAUGUAUGUGAUUGCUCUCAAUUCCGACUACUUCCCUAUCGAAUCAAGAAUCUACGGGGCCACGGAGUUGUUGAUUGUUACACCAUAUUCAAGACUUCAACAUUAGAUUUGACAUUUACAAUUUUGAUUUAUCCCCGAUUCCGAUUAUGUCAGUGGGGAAAGUUCGCCUACUUUUCUCUCGUGCUUAUAUUCUCGUGCUUAUCUAUAAUCAAAAAGAAAUUACCUUUUUUCCACGGCCCAUAUUUAAACUUUCUCCUCCUCCUCCAACCAAUUACUACACACAUAAGUCGUAGUAAUAGUAAGAAUAUUCAGAUUGCGGGACGAGAUUCCCACCCAAAAGAGAAGUUUACAUUUUGGUGCGAAAACAUGCCCAUCAAAGUUUUAAUUGUGGCAUGCUUUCACCCCAUCGUCAUAAAUACAUUAAAAUAAAUGGCUUCCGGUUCGCACACAUUUUAAUAGAAGCCUCCAGGACAUUAUUUCCAUAAUAUAAAAAUUGAAUCCAGACCGACCAUACUUUCUCACGCAAAAGCUAAGGUGCAGCCUACGUAUUUGGCAUGGUUUCUCUGGUGUGUGUGUGUGUAAUGGUAAUUUUGUCUCAGCACUCCGUAGUCGCAAGUGCACGUACAUAUUGGCCUACUCCAUAAUCUCUCCAGUUUACUACUACCACGAUGAAUAUGCAGUCGCAGCAAAGCAACCAGUUCCCGGUGAAAGUAAUCCAUCAUGACUAAAGAAAAGAAAAGAGAGCAAGUUCAGCCAGCCUAAAACACACCGUCCGUCAACCGUGUGUAGUGUAUAUUUAUUCACUCUUCUCCUUAAACAAUGACGAGCUCAGUAGUACCAUUACAAACGCCUCUGUGUAAAUAAAUACCAAAUACGUACGAUCGGUCACUGCUCGAUAAAUAUACUAAUGUCGUUUCGCCAUUCUUCUUGUUUAAGUAGUUGCUGAACUCUCGGAGAAGAACCAUACUUACUUUUCUUCUCCAUGACCAUUACCGACUCGUAGCGUGGCGUGGGGACGAAAAAAGAACGGACAAUUUAAUAACUUUCACCUGUAUCUUCCUCCACCAAGAAAGUAAAAAAAAAUACCAAAUCUAGUCUCUGUAAUGUGAAUCGAACGAGUGUUUUUCCCUGCCUUCGUGCCAUUCGUAAUCUGCCCUGAAUUGCAUUUCUUGACUAAUCUCUUUCUCCACGAAGUGUGUGUUUGUGUGUUGGGAAGAAAAAUGUAUUUUUUCAGAUAGAAAUCUCCUCAAACAAAAAGGUUGGUCGAAACUUUCUCCCCUUUUCUUCUUUCGUGAAGUCAGGCUAUUAUUAUUAUGUGCCGUGUGUGUCGAUCAACAACAACGUGUGAUGUGUGCAUUGUGCUAUUGCUAGUAGUGGGUCAGUCUCGGUGGGAGACUAUUGUUGCGGUUGCUCCUUCAACGCAUCACCCUCCUCGGAAUCAAUUUUCUUUAUAUCAAACAAGUGAAAGUCGUACGUAAUGUGGCUGGAGAAAUUUGGUAGGGAGUCCCAGUUGCAGUCUGAUUAUUGGACGGGACUGAUCGUGUGAGGGAUUAAAUUGAGUGGUGCAUACAUGGCAAAACAAUUUGACGAAAAGAGAGUCGUCGUCGAGUGUGGACAACUUGAUAAAUGUCGAGGGCAGCAAAACGGACCCAUUAUUCUGAGCUGAAAAGGUAAUGAGGUGGCGUUUAGUGGUUUGUCGAAGCUAUUAGUCUCGAUUGGACUCGACCUAAUCAGCAAGGAGGAGGAAAACCACGGCUCUUUCAGGAAUAUAAAAUUGUGCAGAGUUAAAGUAAAUCUCAUGCAAAUAAUAUUUUGGUGUCACGUGAUUUUAAAAGUACUAAUAAGAAAAUUCACUAAAUAAAUACCUGCCAGAGAUGACAUGAGUUCAUUCUCGGGUAAGAAGAAAAACUCCGUUUAUCCAGGAAAUGAUAAUUUGUUAUCCGUCCCAAAUGGGACUUCCCAUGCAGCAGCGACUCCCCCAAAACCAAAACCGUCCCCCAACCAUGCCAAACUUGAGAGAAAGCCGUCCAAAUUAUGGACGGAAGAGAUUCAAGCGCUUAAAAGCUGUGAAGAGUUUUUCAUCAAACAGACCAAUUUGCAGACUGAAGAACAAACCUUUUCUCCCAGCUACUACGAUAUCCGGAACGCCAAGGGGAAAUUGACCUUCAAGGCGAUCGAGUCCGUCGACCCAGCCAUCCGUGAUCUCUACCAUUCCAAAGAGAAGGGAGGAAAACCCCCCUUCAUGAUCUCCAUCUUCGACAUGAAAGCGGGCAAAGAAAUGCUGAAAAUUAAUGCCAAUUUGCGACAGGGUGUUAUGUUGGUCUACGUAAAGCAGAGCAUUGAGGAUAAAGUAAUCGGGAUUGUACGCCGGCUUCUCCCACGAUGUCCCCUCUCCUCUUCCACCUUCUCCAUAGAACGGCCCAAUGGUGCAGUAUUGUUAAAAAUCCAAAGUUCCUUCUUCUCCCCGUCCUCCCUUCUUGGCUGCUGUGGUUGCUGUCGUAAACUAGUGAAAAAUAGGGGCAAGAGUUUCCGAAUAAUGAUGGCGGACGAUGUGACACAUGUCGGGACGGUGAACUACUUGCAAAAGCAUUUCGAGCAUAAGGACGACGAAGAGGCCAAUCGACGCGAGGAAAUGGUCACGGCAUCUUUUCCUGGGGACAUUACGGCGACGAAUAAGGCGCUACUGCUGGCCAGUUUGUUCAUGCUGGACAACAUUUACUUUCAACAUAAACGAAGAAUUCGAGAACGCCCCAAAAUUUCUAGGACGUGCUACAUCGUAAUAACUAUCGUUACUGUUGUAAUUCUGAUUGGCGUGUUGGCCGCCGUCUUUGGAGGGGGAGGUUAUCAAGGCAAUAGAACCGGGGGUGGAGGAAGAAGACCUGGAUUAGGGUGAAAAUAAUGAUCUAACUCUAAUUAAUUCACAAUUGUCCAUCACCAUCCUUCUCAACGUAAACGAGCCUCAAUUUUCUGUCCAGCGUUACACACCACACACAUAAAUUCGAACUGACUGUACCAAAAAUAGUUUAAUAAUUUUUUAAAGUAAAAGAUUUUCAGUCAAAAGUCCCUGAUUUUUGCGUGACGGGAUGACGGUACCGACCUAAAGAUACUCACAACUGAUACUCUAUUCUCUAUAUACAUACAUACUCUAACAUAAGUCUGUAAAUAUGUACAUACAGUAAGAAAUAUUCGUAUCUUUACAUCUUACAUAUUUAAUUAUAAAUUUAUUCUCUGAGAUUUUGAGAUUACUUAUUCCAUAACAAAUCGAGCGAGAUUAUAAAACGUGUAUGUUUUUUUUCUCAUCGAAAAAUUAAUAUAAAUACGUAUGUAUAACGUGUAAAUAUUGGGCUGGUGACGAGUGGUCGACAAUCGACAGCAUAAUGGUCAACACACAUAUUUACAACAUACAUAUUUACACAUAUUUACACAUUUACAUAUUUAUAUUUACAUAUUUACACAUAUUUAUAUUUAUUAUAAGUCGUAAGGAAUACUUUUAAGGGAAGGUGUAGGAUAACAGAUCUAGAUAUAUUAAAUUGGUAAAUUAAUUGCAAUCGCAUAUAAAUAUUAACAAAUUUUUAUUACAAUUUUUGCAUAAUCCAAGCGAACUUGGUUUGGGAAAGCGAAAGCAAAAAAUGUAUUUUUGAUGUGAGAUAUGACAAUGCGACUAUCCUGGAUCAAGAAGUUUCAAAAAUAUCAAACUGUUAUUGGGCUUUUGUUCUAGUUUAAACCAAUGAAAGUAUGCUAUUUCGUGUUGUUCAUACCUUUAAGGGGAUGUCGCGGAUGCACAUUUGGUCAAUGUAGCCAAAGGGUAACAAAAUUUGAGAUUGAGGCGGUUGAUGGUUUAUACACAAUAAAUCUUAUAUUCAAAUAAAUAUGUCUUGGCUGAUAAUUUGUCCAGAUAAGAUCUUAUAUCUUAUUUUUUAUUUUGUCAACCUAUCUUGAUCCUAAUAUAUAGCAUGUUAAGAAUAUUCGCCUUCUACACGACCAAUUUCUAAAAACAGUGUGUCAACCAAUAUGUUGCCGACCACUCGCCCGGAACCCGUAAAUAUUACAUGUCAGCCUAAUAAUUAACUAAAUAACUAAAGAUAAUAAUUAUAUAAAUAUGUAAAUGACACAACGCAACCAAAUUUAUAUUUAAAACAUUUACAAUAUACAUAAUUACUCAUCAUAUUAAGUGAAUCUUUUCGAUGCGAGACGAAUACAAUAAAAUAUGAUCAUUUUACUGA